CUCACCGGUAUAAAAAGACCGAUUUCGUCCAUGCCAGUCAGAGAGGUGCGUAGAAGACGAAGGGGUCAAAGGUGUUCUCCAGAGAAAGCGUUGAAGAAGCUUUGAACUUUCAAAGGCACACACUGUCGAAGCAUCAUGCAGGAUUUAAUGAUCAAAGCAACUUCGCCUGAAGGAUCCCCUGCGCAGAAAAAGCGAAAAAGAAAUAGCCGUCGUGUUCCGAUUGAUAUGAUGUUACAGGUUCAAAUCGCCGCUAUUAGACAGCCAAAGGAGAGGGAGGCAUUGAAGAAGCGAUUGAGAAAACAAAUAACAUGUUGCGAGAUCAAUGAAAUAACGACCUCAGGUCUCACAGCGCUUAAUCAGUGCGUUCUAGACGGAAACUUGGAGAGUGCUAAAAUGCUCGUCGAGUUAGGAGCAGACGUCAACAAGAAGGACAGAUUCGGUUGGACCGCUCUGCAUUACGCAGCCAGCGAAGGCUACGAAAAUAUCUGCAGGUUUCUCCUAAGGAACGGUGCAAAUGUUAGGGCUGAAGAUAAGGAAGGAAAAUUUCCCGUGGAAGUUACGGACGAUGAACUAAUUUUAAGACUUUUGUUAAGAGCGACCUUACUGUACAACAUGCCGCCAUUAGACAAAGACUCACUCCAGCAUAGCUGCUGAUGUAUUUGUUAUUGUUGUUGUUCUGGCUGGAGUAGCUACUAUGUUGCUUUACUUGUUUUGAAGAUGGGAAUGCGUUCUAAUUGUGCGAGUGGAAUCGAUUUAGCUUGGCAGCAAACCGUACGACGGUUCAAGUCAAUAACGCAGAGUUUUGCUAUUUAGCAUCAUCGUGGAAAGAAGAUAUUUAAAGUCGAAGCGAGUGACAGACUCUUGCUAAGCAUGCAAUGAUUCAUAGAAACAUUUGAGAGUUCGGGAAUGUGUAAAUAUUGUUUUUGUACAUGUACGAUAAGAGAUCUGUUUUAAACAAAUGGAUCUCAAAUGUAAGUCAAAUGGCCAUGCCAUCACGUCUCGUGGAAAAAUUGCAUUUAUGUUGCCCAAUUUCCAAUUAAAGGUAAUUAACACAUA